AUGGCUGCCUCAACAUCUCCCGUCUCCCUCUUCACCAGAACACUAAUGUUCGUUCUCCUCCUCGCCGUGUUCGCCUCCACUGCGAAUGCACUAUCCGCCAGCGGAACCGGACUCCCAGUGUCACCAACCACGAACGGCACCGCCGAGCCAACAUACACCACCCCAGCCGUACCAACAGGCACAAGCGACCAGCCCAGUAGCGCGAACACCCUAUCAUCAGCAGUGGCAUUGUUUGGAGCUUUGAUUGCUGUGAGUUACCAUUAUACCCCUACCGGGAUGCUGAAAUUAGCCAGGUGACAUGGAAGCUGAUUGGUUGUUUGCGAUAGGCCGCUCUGUUUUCGAUAUGACCGAAUUUCCCGUUUCUACGAAAUGGGGUUUAUCCAAGUUCGGCGUGGGCGCGACCGGGGGGGGGGUGUUGGAGGAAUUCUAUUCUAUUGGAUAG